GUUGGGAGCACACCCUGAGCUCGUCGUGCGUGGGGAGAGCCGAACACAGGGGGCGCCAGAGCCGGAGGCGGAGGAGUGAAGUCAGGGCUGAGUGGGCGGAAGAGAGCCUGGGCUGAGGGGAGGGCCGGAAGUGGGAAUUGAGAGGAGGAGCUGAAACCCGAGGGAGCGUUUAGGUGGACACUUGGGACUGGACACGUUUUCAAAAUGUCCGGCUGUUGCAUUUUGUCCAAUUCCUCUUAACUUGGUUUUUCUUUCGGCAGCCGCCCUAAGCCCUCCCACGACCGCCUCACUGCGUUGCCUGAUUCGCUCAGGUCCGGGGGGGUGCCCGAGUUCCUCUUUGUCCAGCCCCAGGUCUCCUCCUCUUGUGGCUGCUGCUUUUAAUUGGAAAUACUGCCACAUAAGUGAAGGUGCCUGGCCACUUAAUCAACUGUGCAGUAUCUCUCUUACGACUCUUAUCUCCUUUUGUUUAAAAAAACCUUGAGUCUUGGUAUAAUGUGUUUGUCUUAAGGGCAAAGAGAGUAGGAGGAGGGGAAGAAAACCUCUGAUCCUUGGUGCAGCUCCAAGAAGGAAAUGACACUUGAUUCUUCCAUUUUCUUAACAGACAUGGCCACUUAUCACCAAGCAGGACACAUGCAACUGCCCCGAGCUGAUGCCAUUCGUUCACGUCUCAUUGAUACUUUUUCUCUCAUCGAGCAUCUGCAAGGCUUGAGCCAAGCUGUGCCACGGCACACUAUCCGGGAGAUACUUGAUCCUUCCCGUCAGAAGAAACUUAUGUUGGGAGAUCAACACCAGCUUGUGCGCUUCUCCAUAAAGCCUCGUCGUGUAGAACGGAUUACACAUGGCCAGAGGAUGAUGAGCAGCCUUCGAGUGCGCUGCAGUCAGAGGCCACCUCUUUCUUUGUGGGCUGGAUGGGUCCUUGAGUGUCCUCUCUUCACAAACUUCAUCAUCUUCCUCAUCUUCUUGAAUACGAUUGUACUGAUGGUUGAAAUAGAAUUGCUUGAAUCCUCAAAUACCAAACUGUGGCCACUGAAGCUGACUCUGGAGGUGGCAGCUUGGUUCAUCUUGCUUAUUUUCAUCUUGGAGAUCCUUCUUAUGUGGCUAUCCAGCUUUUUCCUCUUCUGGAAGAAUGCCUGGAAUGUCUUUGACUUUUUUGUCACCAUAUUGUCCCUGCUUCCUGAGGUUGUGGUGCUGGUAGGGGUAACAGGCCAGUCUGUAUGGCUCCAGUUGCUGAGGAUCUGCCGGGUGCUAAGGUCUCUCAAACUCUUUGCGCGAUUCCGUCAAAUUCGAGUCAUUAUUUUGGCCCUGGUCAGGGCCCUCAAGAGCAUGACCUUCCUCUUGAUGUUGCUGCUCAUCUUCUUCUACAUUUUUGCUGUGGCUGGUGUCUACUUCUUUGAGGAUUACACCCGUUCAACUCGCCAGGACCUGGAGUACCACAUGUUCUUCUCGGACCUGCUGAAUUCCCUAGUGACAGUGUUCAUUCUCUUCACCAUGGAUCAUUGGUAUGCACUGCUUCAGGAUACCUGGAAAGUGCCUGAAGUCAGCCGUGCCUUCAGCAGCAUCUACGUCAUCCUUUGGUUGCUACUGGGUUCCAUUAUCUUUCGAAAUAUCAUAGUAGCCAUGAUGGUUACUAACUUCCAGAAUAUCAGGAAUGAGCUGAAUGAGGAGAUGACACAUCUGGAGGUUCAGCACAAAGCCGACAUAUUCAAGCGGCAGAUUAUCCAGAGGAGACAAAACCUUUCUCCUGAGGCACUGAGGUCAAGCCUUAGCAAAACCGAUGCCAGAGAUGCCAGUCAACCAGAGGAAUCUUUGGUCUUAGAAGCUUCUCAAGAAAAGUCUCAACACAGUGCAGCUGAAGAGGGUUCAAGAGCAUCUGCAUCAAAAACAAAAGAGUCCUUGUCAAAAAUGAAAAAGUCCUCAUCUUCAUCUUCCUACUCUUCCUCUUCUUAUGACUCCAGAUAUUUUGACUCUCUUGGUCAGUUGGACUGGGAGACUCAUGUGCACCAGAAUCUGCCUGGGCUAAUGGAAAUGGAUCAGGAUGAACGUGUUGUUUGGCCUAGAGAUUCACUCUUCCGAUAUUUUGAGUUGCUAGAAAAGCUUCAGUAUAACCUGGAGGAGCGUAAGCGGUUACAAGAGUUUGCAGGUAUGGAUUUAGGGCAAUCAUGGGGACCAGGAGUUAAGUACAUUGGAAUAGCAUAUAUAACUGGAGAGAAGGAGGAGGGUGUCACCUAUUUUGGCAUCUCAGCCUCUGAACUUCCACCUCACAGCUAAAAAAGGCAAAUCCUUGGUUUGGCAUGUCACAUUCUGGGCAUAUGUCCUGAUUUCUUCUAACCUAGAGAGAACCUGUCAAUUCUGCUUCUCCAGUAGGAGACACCUAAAUCCUCUGAGGUCUGAGAGCUUAUUUCCUAAGAGGAGAGUGUUCAAUUCCAGUUGUUGGGAAUUAUGACAAGGUGGACUCUUGCUCGAUUUGGGCAGCCCACCCCAUUUUGUACAUGUUUCUUCUCUUUGAAGGUGACAUUUCAGACCUAAGCAGUAGGGCCUCAGGCUCAAGUUGGAUAGCUGUGGGGAUUAAACAGUGAGCAGAAAGCCCAUAAGUGCCCACUGUCUCCAACUCCCAAAAAAGGUUUAUGAGUUAUAGACCUCUCUUCCUUUUAGCCCCUUCUAGUGUCAGCCUAGGCAGAGAGAAGUAUGUGAUUUAAAUAAGAAAGUUUGAUUUAAGUGGAGAACUACCUGCUCAAAAUUAUUUUCCCUAAAUUUCUCACUUGCAAUUUCACCACUUGGAGAUUAAUUUGGAUUCAUAAAUUUUCCUCUAAAAAUACAAAAACUGGAAGAGUUAGAUGCCAUUUUUUACAAUUUAAUAUGGAUUAGUAUAUCUUCCUCAUACCUAGUUGAAAUCAACUCCAUGUGAAAAUAACAAUUAGGGAAGAGGAAUGUGUGUGUUUUGGGCAAAGGAGGGCAAUAAGAGGAAUUUAUAACGUUGGAACAUGGAAUUUAGCGCAGGAUGUCAAAAACAGACUUCUUACUUCAAAAUGUUGC